AUGAUGGCCUCUCGAGCAAGUGGGCGUCGCUUUAUGAAGAUGCUUGCUGUGAGAUGGACGUUGUACAUAUGUUUGACGAUCGCCUUGUUUGGGCCGGGGAUCGUGACCUUGCUCGACCUGCCAGACGAUCCCACCGUGAUUAUUCUGGAUGUGGUCAUGUGCAUCAUAGCUUUUGCUUUUGCGAUGGAAAUGGUCGGCCUGCUCCUGACGGACGACAUGUACAGAUUCUCCUUCUUUUUUUGGAUGGACUUGUUGGGAACUCUUUCAAUGGCCUUUGAGAUCUCGUUCCUACUGGGCCAGUAUCUGAACUCAAAUACUGUUGUACUCCGAACGGCCAGAACAGCAAAGCUGGGUGCCAGGAUCGGGAGACUUAUCAAACUUGUGAAGUGCGUGAGCAUGUUCUACAGAUCAGCUGCGAAGACCAAUCGGGUGGAGGCCAAAGUGCUGGCCAGCAAACUUGUGGUGCUCUUGUCGACGCGGGUCUCCGUCAUUGUCAUUGUCAUGGUAAUGGUGGUGCCAUUGUCCGCCUAUCCGCUGUACCCCACGGAGGACAUGUCCAUUUCCCUUUGGCCGCAGCAAUUGGAAGAGAGCUACCUUCGGCAGCAGCGGGACGGCCUGACCGGAGCUUUGCAGGAGUCCAUUGACCACAUGGUCCAGUUCUAUUCUGCCGUGAACUACAGCCCUUACCUUGUGCAAGGCUUCGGAAGCGAUCAGGUCCUGGCAAAUAAGCCGUCGCGAACCAGGAAUUCUUUGACAGUGAUGUUGGAAAGUUGCAAGGUGCAACGCCAAGAAGGUUGCAGCGUUGCUGUCGUCUUCGAUUUUACAGGCCCCAACCAGAUGGACGCCCUGGUUGAAGUUUGCACUAUCCUCUUCAUAAUCCUUCUCAUGGCUGUCACAAGCUUUGAUUUGCAGAACGUUGUUGACAGAAAGCUGGUGAAGCCACUAGAGGGCAUGCUGCAGCACGUCCGAGAAAAUGCCGCCCAUAUCUUCGAUCGAUUUGCAAAACAGACUGAAGGCACGGAAGGGGCAGAGCUCGAUGAUGAGCUUCAAGAGCAGCAGGGGGGAUCUUCUGAAAUUGAGCUCAUCCAGGCCAUUCUGGAAAAGCUGGCCCGCCUGGCAAGCCUAGCUGAGAGUUCCGUUAAAGCAUAUACCUCAGCGGAGCUUGAUGCCAUGAACGCUGAAAACAAGGCCGUCCUGAUUGAUAUGCUGAACGUGCAAGUUCUGCAGUCUGGAGGCCAGAGCAGAUUAGGAGGCAAACGGACCACGAAAGUUGAUGUCCAAGCAACCUGGACACAAAACUGGAACCUGGACGUAUUGGAGUCAACGCUUGAGGAAAUUCAUGGCUAUGUGCACUACAUUUUUUUCUUAUCUCAGUUUGGCCUUGCUGCGCAGUACACCGCAGAAGACAGUUUCCUUCUAUUCGCUCAGACUGUGGAAGCCAAUUACAAGGACGUUCCGUACCACUGCUUCCAGCAUGCUGUGGAUGUGUGCUUCACCGUCUUCCGCUUACAGCAAAUCACCCAAGCCGGGAAGUGGACCAGCGAGCUAGAGCAGUAUACCCUCCUUGUGGCAGCGCUCAGUCAUGACCUCGGGCAUUUUGGCAGAACAAAUCAGUUUCUCGUGGAGACCAAGCACGAGCUGGCUUUGCGCUACAACGACAAGUCUCCCCUCGAGAACAUGCACUGUGCCGCUCUCUUCCACUUGUGCCAGGACCCAGAGAAGGACGUGUUUGCACAAGCGUCCAAAGAGGAGCAGAAGGAAGCGCGCAAAGUGUGCAUUGCAACUAUCCUGCACACUGACAAUGUGCACCAUUUUGACAUGGUCAAGGAUGUCAGUGCGGUGUACGAGAUGGAGUCAGAAACCUGCGACAUCCAGGCAGGACACCCUGAGGCCUUUCUCCCAGCGUACACCGACAACGUGCUUACGGGCAAGAACAAGCUCAUGUGGCUUCAGCUUUUCUUACACUUUGCUGAUGUUUCGAAUCCCUUGAAACCGUUCCACAUUUGUCGUGCCUGGGCAUGGCGAGUUUUGGACGAAUUCUUCCAGCAGGGGGAUGAGGAGCGGAAGUUGGGAGUCCCGGUCGGGAUGUUAAAUGACAGGGAGAAGGUCAACCGUCCUGGUUCGCAACAUGGCUUCAUCAACUUCCUGGUCGCUCCCUUUGUCGCAGCGAGCGUCAGAGUUUUCCCAACCCUGCAUCCAUUGCACACACAGAUGGUGAAGAACGUGGAGGAGUGGCGCAAUCUGUGGAUCAAGGAUGCAAAGCCCAGCGAUGAAGACAUCGCGAAGAAAGAUGCGGACGUGAGCCGUUUGAAGGCUCUUGAUGCGGAGCUCACUACACGAAACAAAGCGCAAGGCGCUGUCAAGAUGACUCCGCGUGUAUCCUGA